AUGAUGCAGGAGCGUUGCCUAAAAAAUUUGCCAAAUGGAGGUGUCGUACUCCUUGAAAAUGUGAGAUUUUACAGAGGAGAAUUGAAGAAUGCCCCUGCAUUGGCGAGGAUACUAGCAUCUUAUGCCGACCUCUAUGUGAAUGAUUGUUUUUUAACUGCUCACAGAACUGAUGCUUCCUCGGUUGGAGUCACCAAGUUCUUACGGCCAUCUGUGGCUGGUUUCCUUAUGAAGAAGGAACUUGACUAUCUUAUUGGAGCUGUAUUGAAACCCAAGAGGCCUUUUGCUGCCAUUGUUGGGGGUAUUAAACUCUCACGGGAGAUAAGAAUAAUUGAAUAUUUGCUGGAGAAAGUUGAUAUCCUCAUUUUGGGUGGAAGAAUGAUCUCCACAUUCAACAGAGCCAAUGGCUUACCCGUCGGAUCAUCCCCUGUUCAGGAAGACAUGAUUGAUACAGCAAAGUCAAUUAUCGAGAAGGCUAAGGUCAGGGGAGUGGUUCUUCAUUUACCAGUUGAUGUUGUGAUUGCUGACCAGUGUGCACCUGAUGCGAGCUGCAAGACUGUAGCAGCAGGUAGUGUUCCUGAUGGUUGGAUGAUUUUGGAUAUUGGUUCGGAUUCAAUCCAGGCAUUCAAUGCAUCUCUUGAUACAGCCAAGACUGUUUUACAUCAUGGUUCGUUAGGAGUUUAUAAUUUUGACAAGUUCGAACAUGGAACGGAAGCAAUCACCAUGAAGUUGGCUGAGCUAACUGGAAAGGGAGUAACAACAAUUGUUGCAGGUGGUGAGUCAAUUAAAACUAUCCACAAACUAGGUUAUGCUGAAAAGGUAAGCCACACCUCAACAGGAGGGGUUUCCAGUGAUGGGCUAUUGGAAGGAAAGUUACUUCCUGGUAUUUAUUCUUUAGAUUCAGGUUGUUGAUGAUAUUGUCUUUUGGAAAUACGUUUGGAAGAAACGAUUGGUUGAUAUUUUGAACUGGGAUAUUUAUCAGUUUAUGUAGGAUCUGAGUAAGUAAACACGGUUUUUAGUUUCGAUGUUAACAAAUGAUAUUUUGAACUGGGAUAUUUAUCAGUUUUUAGUUUCGAUGUUAACAAAUGAUUUUCUAUCAAAUGUAUUUCUUC